AUGUUCCCUUGGUUUACACCAUGCUCCCGGCCCGAUGACGAGCCCUGCGACUGCUGCUGGACCUGGGAUGACUUUUCUCUUGCCACCGACGACGAGGCGAUGCUGUUGCGCCGACUCUCUAUGUGGACCAUCCUUAUUGCUCGCACCAUGAUGUCGAUCUUGAGGAUAUUUUAUCAUCUCAACGACACCUCAAACUCUGUUGUUCUUUGGAUCAUCUGGGAUGUGGUUUCCGGGGUGGCUGAUUCUUCCAUGACUGGCCUGGCGCUAUCCAGCAUUUCAAAAGUCAAAGGUCAACGGAAAAUACCUAUACUUGGAUCCUACAUGAACCGGAGGCGAUUUGACAUUUCGCUCUUCGCCCUCGCCAUUAUUCAGGUCAUCAUGUUGAUCUUUUCUCUCGACAAGCCUUCUUAUGACUCUAUGGGUAUGGUGUGGCUGUUUCUCCCCAAGAUUAUUGCGUCUCAGCCUAAGGAAAAGGAAGAAGUGGUAGUCAAGUCUUGA